CGCAGCUCCCGUCUCGUGCACACCUAGGGAUACGCAGCGCGCGUGAUUGUGUCUGCAUUAGCCGCACCUGGGACGCCGGAGUACUGAUUUUCCUCCAAAUCCAUCUCCGAGAGUAGAUCGAAGGUUGGGUCAUAUGGAGGAGGAACGGACGUUUGACAGUCUGAUGAAGCAGGAGUUCAUCAGUGUGGUAGUGCAGGACCCGCAGUUUCACAGAGAGGAUUUUUGGCAUGCGCACUGCGAUUACGAAAUCCAUCUGCACACCAACAGCAUGUGUUUCCGGAAGAAGGUGUCGUGCGUGAGGAGACGCUACAGCGAGUUUGUGUGGCUUCGCCAGAGACUGCAGCACAACGCCGUGCUGAUGGACCUGCCCAAACUGCCCCCCUGGAACCCGUUCUUCAGCGUGAGGAAGCCCCUGCAGCUCAAAGAGAGGAUCGAGGGUCUGCAGAGCUUUCUGGAGAUAGUGUUGCAGACGCCACUCUUGCUCUCGGACAGCUGUCUGCAUCUCUUCCUGCAGUCGGACCUCAGCGUAUCUAAGAUGGAGGCCUGCGCUUCUGGAAGGACCCGUUACUCCGUGGCUUAUGCCAUCCAGCACAGCGACUGUCGGCGGCAUGCCUCCCCCUCCGAUCACUCUGACGAUGAGAGCACGACAUCAUCAGCGGGGCUGGACUACAGUAGUGAGGGAGGGAUGCGUGGAAGCCACACCCCCAACAGGCAGUGAUCCUGACUCCGCCCCCCGGCGCUGAUCCUGACUCCGCCCCCCGGCGCUGAUCCUGGCCCCGCCCCCGGCACUGAUCCUGGCCCCGCCCCCGGCAGUGCCGGUGAGACUGUUUGCUGCUGCACUUACUCACUGAUGGGAGCCCAGUGACCUUUGACCCCAGCAGGGACAACAAUUCCGUUUUAUCCCUGAGUUGGUCCGUUUACGUAUUUCAGUUCUCUAGGACUACACAGUUUUUUUUCUUUUCUUUUUUUUUUUUUACCAGGUUAUGUGUUUUUCUGACUCAAGCUGUGAUGGAGGGAAACACUUUCACUUUUCUCCUCCUGUUUUUUCCCCUUUUCGUUUGGCAGAUGAUCUCUGAAGGCUUUUUCUUUUUUUCGUUCUUUGUUUGCUGCGGUGUGUAGCCUGUGAGGUCCUGAAUGAAAAUCACUACUUUGGAAGCAGUGUUUUGCUUGUGCUGUUUUUAUAUAAUUAAAAAAAAGAGAAAUAUAUUUAUACUGGAAAGCAUCACUGUUGUGUAACCAAGGAAGUGACAAUUCCGACUCGCAUUCCAGGAAGGAAUCUUAAUUAUUUAGCCGUUAUUUUAGCUGUCUUGUUUAAUUUUUGACAUUUAACAUUUUGUGUUUUGUUAAGAGCCAGCGCUUGGUCACACCAGAAGCAUGAUGUGCCAGUUGGCUUUAGGCUGUAUUUUAAAUCAGGACUCCGGUUUAAAACCUUUUAUGGUGACUUAGGUUGAGGAUGAAUUAACUGUGAAAAUAAAUGUCUUGGAAGAA